AUGAAGUUGUUCAUCUCAUUGGAACUGUAUCUCACUGGUAUUUACGUGUUUUUUGUUGCUGGAAAUGACACAGUUGUUUAUUACACAUCUUUAUUCGAGAGCGUUCAUGAUACAUAUGGCACUGCCGGAAUUAUCAUAGCAUCGAGUACUAAUUAUCAAUCACCCGCAAGACUAACAACUUGGCAUGAAACAUGCACAAUUCUGUCGGAUAAAGGAAUACCAACGGCCUUCGUGAGUUUCGCGAACUUCAAAGUGAGAUUAAAGUUUUACACCAGACGAACUGUCCGUCCAUUGGCUGUGGUUCUCAUGAGGAAAAUAGAAGAUGUGCACAUCUUCGAGGGAAUUGCCAAGAAAUUGGACAUGAGUUACCCUGUCUGGCUGCUAAUAUUCACGAAAGACGCGGAUGAGAGCGUCUGUGAAUUCUGUCGUCACCCGCAUAGGAACUUGUUCAAUCUGAGGUUCAAUUCAGAAAUACUUAUUUCCUGCUGCGACUCGAAUGUCAUCCGGGAAUGGUGGUCGAAGGCGAGGAAUUUUACGCAUGCGACGAAAAUUGGUGAGUGGAUUGGUGAGGAUCGAGGGAUUCGGUGGGCCACCAAUCAGUCUCUCUACAGUCGUCGACAUUUCUUUGUUCAGCCGACCGUUCGGGUCUCCAUCGUCAGGGGUUCGAGUUACAUCUGGGAGAAAAAUGGUGAGCUCGACGGAUAUCUCGGGGAAAUUCUGAAGGAACUAUCUCUAACAAUGAACUUCACCAUAUCAGCCCUCAUCAAGGAGCCUUACUACGGAAGCUACGAUCCGAAAACCUCAAAGUGGACAGGUGUAAUCGGUCGAAUUGUCCAGCACGAGGCUGAUAUGGGUGCUUCUGAAUUCACUCUGAGUCAUGAACGAAUAAACGUGGUUGAUUUUACAAUUCCCAUUGCGAUUGGCGACUGUCGACUCUACGUCAAAAAACUCGACGGCGCUCGAUUACAGUGGAAUGCCUACUUUGGGGCGUUCAAAGCGGAUGUCUGGGCUCUCAUUAUCGGCUCAAUUAUCGUCACGCCGAUUGUUUUGACUGUCAUAAAAUACACGAAGAAGAGGAGACACGCGUUUUCCAUGGCCAUUGAACAUUAUUUGUACGUUUGGGGAAUUUACUGCCAACAAGGAUUGUCAGAAUUCCCGGAUGAAACGGCCUUGAGAAUUUUGUAUGUCUCAAUAUUCAUAUCUGCGUUGGUCGUGUCAGCUGCGUAUUCCGCGUCGCUAACUAGUUUCCUCACUGUGGCUUCGAUUUAUUUGCCAUUCAAUUCAAUGGAGGAAUUUGCUAAUGACGGUCGUUAUAAAUUGAUUGUCCUUCAGGACAGCGCUGAUUAUGACAUGUUCAAGAUGUCUAAUGAAACAAUUAUGAAGAAGAUGAUGUCCCUGAUGAAACCAAGUCACUCACUACCUCAAACUAUCCUAGGAGGCUUACAGCAGGUCUGCACUAGGAAAGUGGCGUUUUACACAAACGAAGCACUGAAGAGAACCCUCAACAAAAAUUUACCCUGUGACAUUGUAUCCAUAAAAACCGGAAAAAUCGAGACCCUAGGCAUGAUCAUGUCUCGUCACAGUGAAUACAUGGGAAUCGUUAAUUAUCACAUCCAGCGAUUCAAAGACAAUGGAAUGCUGAUGCGACUGCAGCACAAGUACAUUCAGCAAGAAGACACGAGUGAGGGUGCUCUUCUGCCUGUUGGACUGGGGGGCAUCGCACCAAUUCUAUUUGUUUUAAUUAUUGGCUUCUUCGUCGCCUUCUGUAUCUUUCUCGUCGAAAUCAUUUUUCCGCCCAUCAGUGACAAAUUGUUCAAACGGAAAAAGAGACGAUUGAAUGGACAGAAUUUCCAGUAUUGAAGUUUCUACUGAUUUCAUGGAAAAAUAUUUUUUUUUU